AUGGCGCCAGGCCAGCGGUUGGUUUUGUGUGAAGAGACUGUACGGGAGCACAGCGGCCUGGGUCCCCACCGCGACCUGGCUGAGCUUCGAUCUUUAUCUAUCCCUGGAACAUACCAAGAGAAGAUUACUCACCUGGGGAACUCUCUGAUGCAUUUGACAGCUCUAAAAUCCUUAGACCUCUCACGCAACUCCUUGGUUAGUCUUGAGGGUAUACAGUAUCUGGUCUCCUUGGAGAGUCUCAAUCUCUACUACAACUGUAUUUCUUCAUUAGCAGAAGUAUUUAGGCUCCACACCCUAAUGGAGCUCCAGGAUGUGGACUUCCGGCUUAACCCUGUUGUGAAGAAUGAGUCUGACUACCGCCUGUUUGUCGUGCACAUGCUUCCGAAGCUCCGACAGCUAGAUGACCGUCCUGUGAGAGAGAGUGAGCGGAAGGCUUCCCAGCUUCAUUUUGCCCCAGAAGAUUCACUGAACUCAAAGGAGAACUUCUCAGCCACUUUAACAGUUGGAAGACCACACCACCUCAGAAACAGAUGUACUGAGACCUCGGCCAAAAAAUGCUUGGUCAUGGAUGCUGAUGAUGAGGCUGUCCUGAACCUUAUUGCCGAGUGUGAAUGGGACCUGAGCAAUCCUCCUGGGAACAUGAGCUCCAGCCAAAAGGAACAUGAAGCUGACCUCCAUUAUGCCCAAGAGUCCAGGCAUCUGUUGAGUCCUUUGUCCAUCCAGCACCAGUGUGGGGAUUCAGCGAGGCGAGGCCAUGAGAAGAAGAAAGCCACCUCCAGAGGGUGUCCAGGUCAUUCACCACAGGACCAACUCUGUGGGGAGCUCCCCCCACAGCAUGGCUUGCCAGAGGCCUGCCAUAUGCACAUACAGCAUGCCCGCAUCACUUCACAGCCAGACUCUGUGGAUGUUGAGGACUGUGCUUCAUCUUCUCAGAAGUCAAGUUUGUCAUCACAAAAAAUAGUAAAUCCUUUGCCUGUCCCUGAAAAGUACAGGAAGCGAAGGAUGCCUGGUGGGAGAUUCCAGGUGCCUUCAGACCGGGAGUGUUUGAGCUUCCUAGAGAGGGCUGACGGGCCCUCCAGCCUUGAGGACAGUCUAAGCAGACAGGAUGGCUUGGAGGGCCAGAGUCAGGUGGCCUUGUCUCACUCUGAGGCUUUGGAGGCUGAAGAGCGGACAUCUCAUGGCACAAGUGACCCCAGAGUGCUGUCUCCUAAACUCUGCUCAGCAGCGGUGCCUGAGCGGAGGUCCACUCUGGAAGUGGCACUUCUGGAGGCCCUCCUCGACCUGAUAGACAGGUGCUCAAGUGGCAGUGGAUCGCUGCAUGGCAAUGAGGCCUUCCUUGCUCAGGCAAGGCAUGUUUUGUCAUCUCUUCAAGAGUUCACAGCAAUUCGGGACAGUUCAGCACUUGAAAAGGAAGGAAUUGGUUACCUAUCUCUUGAAAAUAAAACUCUGCAAAGCCACCUUGCUGAGCAACAGCAACAGUAUACUGCUACAGUGACCAAAAUGACAGCAGAGCUCAAUAAUACAAAGAGGGAGCUGGACACAUUGAGACAACAUUUGGACAAAUCAUUGGAAGAGAAUAGCAACUUAAAGUCUCUUCUAUACAAUGUGAAAAAAGAAGUAAAGAAUGCAGACACUUCAGCUGCACUAACUUUGCAGAUCACUGGACUUCAGGCAAGUAUGAAGCAGCUCUCUGAGGAAGUUGUGGAGCUGAAGCACCACGUGGAGCACUAUGACAAGAUCCAGGAGCUCACACAGAUGCUGCAAGAGAGCCACAGCUCCCUGGUCAGCACCAAUGAACAUCUCCUGCAGGAGCUGAGCCAUACACGGGCACAACAUAGAGCUGAGGUAGAGCAGAUGCACUGGAGCUUCCAGGAAUUUAAGAAGACUACGGCCCUGAUCCCUCACCGUAGUUCCCGACUUGGGGGCCGACAGUCCUGCUAG